AUGGCUGGGGAAAACAAGCAAAAGAGAUAUGCGCUGAUUGGCACAGGCGGCCGUUCGUCCUUCUUCUACACCGCGAUCGCAACAACCUACAAAGAAACCUCGGUUGUCGUAGCGCUAUGCGAUACGAACCAAACCCGACUUGACUUUGCGAAUACACAGCUGGAGUCUCUUGGUCAUGUCAAGGUUCCCACCUUCAAAGCGGCGGAUUUCGAUCGGAUGAUCCGGGAAACCAAGCCAGAUGAAGUCAUCGUAACAACAAUCGAUCGUACACACAACAUCUAUAUCGUCCGCGCGUUAGAACUGGGCUGUAAUGUCGUGACAGAGAAGCCUAUGACCAUCGAUGCACCACGGUGUCGCGAGAUUUUCAACGCAGUAGAACGAACGGGCAAGAAAGUGCGCGUUACGUUCAACUACCGCUAUGCACCACACAACACCAAAGUGUGGGAGCUUCUCCGCUCUGGCGCGAUCGGGAAAGUGACGAGCAUACAUUUCGAAUGGAUGCUCAACACGUCGCACGGCGCCGACUACUUCCGUCGCUGGCAUCGCGACAAGCGCAACAGCGGGGGGCUGCUCGUCCAUAAAUCAACACAUCAUUUCGACCUCGUCAACUUCUGGCUAGCUUCGCGUCCGGAAACAGUGUACGCACAGGGCAACCUGAACUUCUACGGGCGAGAAAAUGCCGAAAAGAGAGGUGUACAGGAGUUUUACACACGAGCUCAUGGCAGCGAAGUGGCAAAGAGCGAUCCAUUUGCACUUCACCUUGAAAACAAUGACAAGUUGAAGAAGAUGUACCUCGAUGCCGAGCAUGAAGACGCAUACUAUCGCGAUCAGAGCGUCUUCGGUGACGGAAUAAGUAUAGAAGACACAAUGAACCUCCUAGUGCGAUACGAGAAUGGCGCGGUGCUGACCUAUUCUCUGACCGCCUACGCACCCUGGGAAGGUUUCCGUGUCUCGUUCAACGGGACUGGCGGCCGUGUAGAGAUGGAAGUAGUCGAGAACAGCUACGUGAACAGCGGGGGAGACCAGUCGCUCGAGGGAUCACUUGAAACGCGAUCAAUCACACUCAGGAAGCUUUUCGAGAAGCCGCAAGAUAUCCAGAUUCCGGAUUCCGUCGGUGCGCAUGGGGGAGGCGAUGAGGUGUUGCUAGCUGACUUGUUUGGCGAGCAAGGUGCGGAAAUCGAUCAGGAUAUGAGAGCUGCAAGCCAUGUCGACGGUGCACUCUCAAUUUUGACGGGCAUCUGCGGUAACAAGUCGAUGGCUACAGGACAAGUUGUGAAAGUCAGUGAUGUAUUCGUAGUGUAG